CUGCUCUCCAUCCACCCACCGCGAGCGGAGCGGCGACCGAAGGCAGCCUCCCCUCCGCCGCUGCGGCUAAGUUUACAACCCGGGGACAACGGGGACCUCUCUGGAACCGUCCUGCUCAUCAUACGCGACUCUCGUCAUGUUCAAGAGCGUCUACGGCUGCCGUUUCACCGCGGGGUGGCCAUGAAAAGUGGACCGUCUGGUUUCUCCGGACGGGAGACAAAAGUCCAGCUUUCCCCCGAAAAUAUGAGGACCACCGAGGAGACGGAGGGCUUUGACGGCGAGGCCUCCAACACUUCCAUGAUCUCCGGGGCCAGCAGCCCGUACCAGCCCACCACGGAGCCCGUCCACGCGCGGAACGUUUUCGGGGCGAUGAGGUGUGACCUGGAGUACCUCCGGUCGUACUUUGGGAUUUUAAAGGUGGUAGAAGUGGUCCUCUCAGUCAUUGGCUUCAUCUGCAUAGAGACCAUCAUGAUGUGCUCCCCCUGUAGCGGCGUCUACUUGUUUGAGUUUGUCAGCUGCACUGCCUUUGUGGUGACAGGAGUCCUCCUCCUGAUCUUCAGCCUCAACCUCCACACCAAGGUUCCCCACCUCAACUGGAGCCUCACGGACCUGGUUAACACCUCUGCCAGCACCCUGUUCUUCUUCUUGUCAUCUUUGGUCCUGGCUUGCAUCAACCACAAAAUGGCAGCGGAAAUAGCAGCGGUGAUCUUUGGCUUCCUGGUGACAGGUGUUUACGGCUUAAACACUUUCCUGGCGGUUCGGAGGUGGCGCCGUGGCAACGGUUGCCAGGGGGCCGCUCAGACCGGCGAGUACAUCCGAGCACGCACGGCAUCUCGCGGAGAGAUGGAGGCACGGCCCGAGCUAGCAUGA